UGGUGACGUAGUAAAUAUUGCGUAGUAGUAUAUCCAUAUAUGGAACAAAGCUGUACUGACUGGGUCAGCGGUACACAAAGGGAAAAUGAAGUUGAUGUUUUAAAUUGAAACCCAUCACUUCGUAGAUGUUUUGAAUUGGAAAAGUAACUGCCGACGUAUUUGCCAUAAGACCUAGAUUAUUCAGUGAUUGAAACCUGUCCUAGGUUGGUCCAUUGAGCUACAGUAAAAUGUCUUCAACUACCCCGAGUACAAAAACACCUGGAGCUUGUUCCUCUCUAAGCUCUGGAGCCCGACAGACAAAUGGAAGUAUUAGUAUGGACACAGAGGAUGAGGACAUUCAACUUGACCAGGUUCAGCAGAUUCACCAGGACAAAACAGCCCAACUAGAACAACAGGUAUACAUAGGUGUUGUGUGGCAGAGUGGAAAAUUAGGACUGGCCUACUAUGAUAUAGAUACCACUCAGAUAAACAUGAUGUUAGACACUGUGGAAACUGACGAAUUCACCAUGUUAAAGAGAGUCCUAAGACAGAUACCACCUGUUUGUGUGGUUGUUGGUACCAAACAGGACGAGCGUUUGAUAAAGACAUUAAGGGCACUAUUGGUACCGAAGGUCGACAAGGAAGAUCCUGAUGCUGAUCAGGGACUACAGGAUUCGGACAUUGUCAAGUUGCUGCCGAGUGUUGACUUCAGUUUGGAUAUCUGUAAGAGAAGACUGCUGAACCUAGACCUGCCCUCUAUCCCCAAACACUUCACAGAGACAGAGAAGACUCUCUACUUGUCAUCUCUAGUCCCAUUCGACAACGUUUCCAUGGUGAGAGCCACUGGAGGUUUACUGAAGUACCUCGAGAAGAUGAGGAUUGGUGUGGAGUUGGAAGACAGUAUUGUUGGAGUACCUGUCCUAGAUCUGAGGUGUUUCUCACUAGGUGAUCAAAUGGUAUUAGAUGACACUGCCUAUAGCUCCCUCCAGAUUUUCCAGCGUGAAUCCCAUCCCUCUGCAUACAAGGCAGGGUCACGUAGUGCAAAGGAAGGUCUCAGUCUCUUUGGGAUUCUGAAUCGCUGUCGAUCCCAAGUAGGCAGUAGAAAGCUGAGAAUGUGGUGUCUACAGCCCCUACGAGAUCUAUGUGUGUUGACCCAGAGACAAAACGCCAUUGCUUUCUUCGUAAGCCCUCGUAACAUUGAGGUGCUUACGACGCUGACCGAUUGCCUUAAACACAUCAAGAAUGUCACGAGGGUUCUGGCCAGAAUGACCAACACUCAAGCUUCGGUUGGAGACUGGCAGGCACUCUACAAGACAGCCUAUCAUGCCAUCUACAUUGGAGAUAUAUGUAGGGCUCAGAACAAGGGAAUUGAUAUCUUCAAAAAGAUAUCCACCAACUUCACAGAGGAUCUGCACCGCAUCGCUACUCUUGUCAGCAAGAUCGUUGACUUUGAGGAGAGUAGCAGUCAAGGACGAUUUGUGGUCAAAACUGGAGUGGACUCAGAACUGGAUGAACGAAAGAGGACAUACAAUGGCCUUCCUGAUUUCAUGACCAAAGUGGCCAAGGAGGAACUCAACAGGCUCAGUGACGAAAUCACAGAAUGUAAUGUCAUCUACCUUCCUCAGCUUGGGUACCUGUUGGCUAUCCCGAAGAUGGACCGUAUGCAGACAGAGGCGGACUAUGUCAUCCCAGGUCUAGAGUUUAUGUUUCUAUCCAAUAGUAUGCUUCACUAUAAAAGUGCUAGCACCAGAGAGUUGGACCGGCUGUUGGGGGAUACACAGUGUGAAAUAACAGACCAAGAGAACAGCAUAAUGCACAAGCUACAGAACACCAUCCUAGAACACUCAAGGGUCCUCAUCGAUGUAAUGGACCUGUGUGCUGAACUCGACUGUCUGGCUACUCUAGCCCAGUGUGCACGGGAGUACAACUAUGUUAGACCCAAACUAGUCCAUGAUGCUGUCAUCGAUGUCAAACAAGGGAGACACCCUCUCCAGGAGCUGUGCUGCACUCCAUUUGUUCCUAAUGAUGUCCUGAGUAGUGGAGAGAACGGCAAGAUCAAAAUCCUUACUGGUCCUAAUGCUUCUGGGAAAAGUGUCUACCUCAGACAGGUGGGAAUGAUUGCAUAUCUGGCCCAUAUUGGCAGCUUUGUCCCAGCAGAACAAGCUACUAUUGGAAUGUUUGACAGGAUUUUCACACGCAUACACUCUCUGGAAAGUGUCUCCGUUGGUCUCUCCACCUUUAUGAUCGACAUCAAUCAGAUGACGGAGAGUUUGAGGAAUGCCACUGAUAAGUCCCUGGUUCUGGUGGACGAGUUUGGCAAGGGUACAUCUAUGACAGAUGGACUGUCUCUACUGUGUUCCAGCAUCAUGUACUGGGAUGAUAUGAAGGGGGCGUGUCCCCAUGUGGUGGUGUCAACUCAUUUCCACAGCAUGGUCCACCAACACCUACUGCCGCUCUCCCCGAAUAUAAAGUACCUGACUAUGGACACAAUACAUGAUGAGGAAGAGUUACUCUUCCUGUAUCAACUCAAGGAGGGUCACACGAGCUCCAGCUAUGCCAGCUACAUCGCCAGCAAAUCUGGUCUGCCUGAGGAGAUUGUCAAACGAGGCGUGGAGGUGUGUGAGCUGAUCAAAGACAACAAACCUGUACACAGAGUGGACAGUCCUGGUGUCGAUGUCCAGUAUAAACGAUGUGAAAACAUUGUGAACAAGUUCCUGGAGCUUGACCUUGAUACAGACGACCUUCAAGCAUUUCUCCGAGAUGUUGUACUUCCAGCUUCUCAGGGACUCCUCUGAUACAUCAGUACAUAUGACAGACAUUCCCGAGUCAUUCUGAUACAUCAGUACAUAUGACGGACAUUCCCGAGUCAUUCUCAUACAUCAGUACCAAACAUUCCCACAACCUACUGUAUAACAUAAAAUGUUUGUGGGUACUUUCGUUCAUGGUUUAGAGCAUUCAAAUUAUUUUCAGGGUACUGACUUUUGUGGUUAGUCCAUACAACAAUAAUAUAACAAUAAUACAUACAACAUUCGUAUUUAUAUAUAUUUGUAGUUCCAUAGCAACCAAGAAAACAACAAAAGUUUAUACACAUGCAACAAAUGUUUCAUGUUAAGCCGUUGAUAAUGAUGAAGAGUUUUAAUAUGUAUGUUUUUUAAUGAAUUUAUCCACAGGGGCAGGUAGCGAAUUGCCAAUCUUGACCUAGUAGGUAAACAUACAUAGCUAAAAAACAAAUAUUCAUCAAAUCCAUGUAUUGCAGGUAUGGACAUGUGCAGGAAGCCUUACUCUUCAGAUUGAUAUCAAGCUUUGGACAUUGGGAUCAAAUUGGCAGUGAUAAUCCAACUUGCAAUCCUGUCAAACAGUUUCAAAAAUUAUUCGAAAUAUUUUUGAAAGUGUGUUGGUUAAAAACAAUGUGGAUUAAUACUGUUCAUUAGUUAUACAUGCUUUGGGGUUCUGUUAUUUUAGAUGUGAUCUGGGUCAAGCCACCCUUAACUACAUCAAGAUUGUCAACACUGUUUUAACAGAUGGGAAGUUGACUUAUCGCUGUCAACGUGAUGCCACAGUAGAAAGGUAUCAGUUUGAAGAGUUAGGCUCUCUACACAUAUCAGUACCUGAAUUACAUGGUUACAUUGAUGUGAGUGAUAUUUUUUGAGUUAGGAGUUUCGAAAUAAAGGUCCUGCUGCCACAAGGAAAAUCUGGUUGUAUCCCUUUUAUUGUUUACUUACUAUAUUAAGGUCAUCAGUUCCCUACCAGCCCCUGCAUGAAAACCGUUGUAUGCUAAUAAGCCCACCCCUAUCUACUAUGCAACAUGAAAUUCCUGUGCAUAAACUUUCAUUGUUGUGGUUGCUAUUAUAAAAACAAAGA